AUGUCGGGGAAGAAAACUGAUACAUCUGCUACUGGGAAAGCGAUGAUGGAGACAGCGAAGAGGGCACAACCGAGAGACGACUACGUCGAGGAAGAAGAAAGGCGAAGCGAUGCUCCACCGGAAUUGCCCUGUCUUCCGCCAGAGAUCGUAAGGGAGAUUCUCAUUCGAUUACAUGCGAAAUCGAUCGGCCGAUUCAGGGAUUUGGGUGCUGUUGAGAUCCCUGAGUCUCAUGUCAUGGUCAAUCUCGUCUCAUUGUAUUAUCCGGAAGACUCGUUUGAAAUGGUCGGGUCGGGUCUUGCAAUGGAUUCGGUGUCCAAAGAGGAGAGAUUCUAUGGGGUUGGGUUCAGGUUCGAUUCCAUAACUGAUGAUUAUAAGGUGGCGGCGCUUAUCACGGGCGAUGUUCUGAAUGCUAGUGUUUAUUCCCUCAAGACAGAUUCUUGGAAAUGGGUCGGAGAUUCGCGUUGUAGAUAUGAUGAUGUCGAUAUUUCUUCCUACGGUCUUCUUGUCAAUGGUGCAAUCCACUGGGUUGCAAGGCGUCGAGAGGAUGGCCAGAGAGUUGUGGUGGCAUUCGAUCUAACGACUGAGCAGUUCAAAGACAUGGCUUUACCUGAUGAAGCUGAGGAUUGCCCACACGAGCUUGGGGAAUUUGAGCUCCAUAAACUCAAUGGCAGACUCUGCAUGGUUUAA